GUAGCAGCUGAUAAAACAAGAAUAAAUUCAUAUGGAGGCGAAAAUGGAGCUUCCAGUGCAGGUGGAUACGUAGGUGGAACCGGGGGAACAGGAGCAGGAGGAUACACGGGAGCUGGAGGUUCUGGGGCCGGUGGAUACGGUGGAAACAUUGGUGCAGCUGGAGGGUCUACUGGAUAUGGAGGUGUCUCAUCUCUUGGAAACAGCGGAUACGGGGGAAAUACUGGUGGAACUACAGGAUCUGGUGGCUACAGCGGUGCUGGAACUGGUGUAGGAAUCACUGGUAAGGCAGGUGUUGGAGGAUAUGGUGAUGGUUCAGGAUCUGGAGGAGUUGAAGAUGUAUAUGGAGAAGGUAAUUUCGCAACAGGUGGUUUCGGAAGUGGAAUUGAUGGUUACGGAAGCAAAAUAGGAGGAUCAGGAAAGUAUGGAGGAAAUGGACUUGGAGUUGGAGAAUUUAUGUUUGGAGGUUAUGGAAGUGGAGGAAGAAUUUCAGGAAAUGCUGGAUCUGGCAAAUAUGGAGUUGGUAAACAAGGAAGUGGAGAUGGAGGUUUCGGUGGACAAGGUGGAGUUACAGCUGGAGGAUAUGGCGGACAAGGUGGAGUUGGAGCUGGAGGAUAUGGCGGACAAAGUGGAGUUGGAACUGGAGGUUAUGGUGGAGGAGCUGGAAAACAAGGUGGAGCUGCAGGAUAUGGUGGACAUGGUGGAGCCGGAACUGGAGGUUUCAACGGACAAGGUGGAAUUGGAGCUGGUGGAUAUGGUGGACAAGGUGGAGCCGGAGCUCGAGGUUAUGGGGGAGGAGCUGGUAAACAAGGUGGAGCUGGAGGAUAUAGUGGACAAGGUGGAGUUGGAGCUGGAGGAUAUGGAGGACAAGGUGGAGCCGGAGUUGGAGGUUAUGGGGGAGGAGUUGGUAAACAAGGUGGAGCUGGUGGAUAUGGUGGACAAAGUGGAGCUGGAGUUGGAGGUUUCGGCGGCCCAAGUGGAGUUGGAGCUGGAGGAUAUGGCGGACAAAGUGGAGCCGGAGCUGGAGGUUUUGGUGGAGGAGUUGGUAAACAAGGUGGAGCUGGUGGAUAUGGUGGACAAGGUGGAGCUGGAGUUGGAGGUUUCGGCGGACAAAGUGGAGUUGGAGCUGGAGGAUAUGGCGGACAAAGUGGAGCCGGAGCUGGAGGUUUUGGUGGAGGAGUUGGUAAAAAAGGUGGAGCUGGUGGAUAUGGUGGACAAGGUGGAGCCGCAGCUGGAGGUUAUGGGGGAGGAGCUGGUAAACAAGGGGGGACUGGAGGAUAUGGAGGACAAGGUGGAAUUGGAUCUGGAGGAUAUGGCGGACAAAGUGGAGCAGGAAUUGGAGUUUAUGGGGGAGGAGCUAGUAAACAAGAGGGAACUGGAGGAUAUGGUUCACAAGGUGGAGUUGGAGCUGGAGGAUAUGGCGGACAAACUGGAGUCGGAGCUGGAGGUUAUAGCGGACAAACUGGAGCCGGAGCUGGAGGUUAUGGCGGACAAACUGGAGCCGGAGCUGGAGGUUAUGGCGUAGGAGCUGGUAAACAAGGUGGAGCUAGUGGAUAUGGUGGACAAGGUGGAUCUGGAGGUUAUGGCGGGGGAGCUGGUAAACAAAGUGGAGUUGCUGGUGGAUUUGGUGGACAAGGUGGAGCUGGAGGUUACGGCGGUCAGAGUGGAACUGGAGGAUAUGGUGGAGCAUUUGGUGGACAAAAUGGAGUUGCGGGAUAUGGGGGACAAUCAGGUAAUUCUGGGUUUACUGGCCAUGGUGGAGUUGGUAAACAAAAUUCAGGGACUGGAGGAUAUAUUGGACAAGGAGCUGGAGGUUAUGGUGGAGAGUCUGGUGGGCAAAGUGGAGUUGGAUUCUAUGAUGGAGCAGCUGGAGGACAAAAUGCAGUGGGAGGUUAUGGAGGAAUAUCUGGUGGACAAACAGGAAUUGGUGGAUAUGGAGCUCGUGCUGGAGUUAGCGGGUAUGGCGGUAAAGGUGCUAAACAAGCUGACAAAAUUGCUGGACAAGGUGGAGCUGGAAGUUUUGGAGUAGCUAGAGGUUAUGGUGGUCAGGGUGGAACUGGAGGAUAUGGUGGAGCCUCUGGAGGACAAGGUGGGGCUGGAGGAUAUGGUGGAGUGGCUGGAGGACAAGUUGGGGCUGGAGGUUAUGGUGGUGCAGCUGGAGGUUAUAAUGGAAUAUCUGGAGGACAAGGAGCAGCUAGAGGUUAUGGUGGAGCAUCUGAUGGACAAGGAGGUGUUGGAGGAUAUGGAGGACAGCAAGGAACUGUUGGAUUUGGAGGGCAAAGUGGACAUGGUGGAUAUGCUGGAAAAGCUGAUAAGCAAGCCUCGGGAAUUGGUGGGGCUGGAAAUUUUGGAACUGUUGGGGGAUACGGUGGAUCUGCUGGUGGUAACGGAAAUGUUGGAGGACAAGGUGUAAUUGGUGGAUAUGGUGGAAAAGCAGGAAAACAAGCUGGUGGGAUUGGGGGUUAUGGUGGUGAAAGGGGAUCUGGGAAUUUCGGUGGAGUAGGUGGUGGACAAGGAGGUGCUGGAGGUUAUGGUGGGCAAGGUGCAGCUGGAUUUGGAGGACAAAAUCUACGUGGUGGUUAUGGUGGUAAGGCAAAUAAACAAGUUGGAGGAAAUGUAGGACAAGGUGGAGCUGGAGGAUAUGGAGAACAAGUUUUGGCUGGAGGAUAUGGCGGUCAAGGUGGACUCGCUGCUAAUGGAGCCGGUGUAUAUGGAGCUGGAGGGGCAGGGGGAAGUGGAACUCUAGGUGGAGCAACAGGUUACGGAGGACAAAUUGGUGCUAGCGGAUAUGGAGCUGGAGGCGUAGGUGGAAGUGGAACUCAAGGAGUAGGAGGUUAUGGAGGACAAACUGGUGCUGGUGGAUAUGGCGUUACUGGUGGCCAGGAAGGAGUUGGUAAAGCUGGAAAAGGAGGUUUCGGUGGAGGAAGUGGCGCUGGAGGAUAUGGUGGUCAACAAAGUGGGCAAGGUGGUAUAGGAGAUGGUUCAGGCUAUGGGGGACUAGGAGGAGCUGGAAAAUUUGGAAAAGGAGGUUUCGGUGGAGGAAGUGGAACUGGAGGUCAUGGGGGUCAACAAGGUGGACGAGAAGGUGCAGGAAACUAUGGAGUACAAGGAGGUAUAGGAGGAGAUGCAGGGGGUUACGGAGGACAAGGAAUAGCAGCCGCAGGCUAUAGUCGACAAGAUGGAAUCGGUACUACUAAUAUUGGGAAUUACGGGGGUCAGCAAGGAGGUGCCGGAGGACAAGGGGGAUACGGGGGAACUGAAGGAAAUCAGAAGGGAACCAAAUACUAA